AUGUCGCAAGCUACUAGGCAGCUUCAGAAGCCUGCCCGGAUUAUUCUGAUUGGAGCACCUGGAGUAGGAAAAGGCACACAGUCAGAGCGCUUGUUGUCUCGCUUCCCGCAGCUGGCCUCCAUUAGCUCCGGGGAUCUUCUACGAGAGAAUGUUCGCCGAAGGACACCACUGGGUAUUGAAGCCGAGGCUGCAAUGCAGUCCGGCAACCUGGUUCCAGACUCCAUGAUCCUCAACCUCAUCUCCUCCGAAUUGAAAUCUAAGGGCUGGCUCAACCCCUCACCCGGCUCGUCCUCUACAAAACCUAUCAAUGAAUCACACACACUAUCACCCACCGCUUCAUUUAUCCUCGACGGAUUCCCCCGAACCGCUCCGCAAGCAACCAGCUUGGAUACACUAGUCCCAGUCAACUUUGUCGUGCAACUUAUUACACCUCCCUCUGUCAUUCUCUCUCGGAUCGCAUCUCGAUGGGUGCAUGAACCUUCUGGGCGGGUAUACAACACGGAUUUCCACCCUCCCAAAGUCCCCGGCAAAGACGAUGUCACCGGUGAGCCGUUGACCCAGAGACAAGACGACUCUAUCGAUACAUGGAGGCAGCGACUGCGCAAGUUUGAGGAGACAAGCCGCGCUUUGAUCGAGCACUACGAAAGUCGUGGUUGCGUGUGGCGUGUCGAAGGAAACAGCAGUGAUGAGAUUUCCCCACAACUCUUCGCAGAGGUCGAGAGGCGGUUCUGCUAA